AUGGGGUUCUUUAAUUAUUUAAGACACAUAUUCAAAUCUACCCCUUGCACGUUCAAAUCUACGCCAUGGCACACAUUAACCACUAGUACUUCACCUACUUCUAUACAGCAUCCACAGCAGCAGCAACCGCAGCAGCAGCAAAUCCAGCAGCUGCUGGAGGAGCAGAAGCUGCAAACCGAGCAGCAGAAGCUGCAAAUCCAGCAGCUGCUGGAAGAGCAGAAGCAGCAUAAGCUGCUGAUUGAGCAGCUGCAGCAGCAGCAACCACAGCCGCAACAACCGCAGCAGCAGCAACCACAGCCGCAGCAGCCGCAGGCGCAUGCCGUUGGUUCAUCUGCAGGCAAUUCCCAGUCCGAGCGGAUAUGUGCUGUUUGCGGGGAAAAAACAAAAAUGACACAUUAUUCGGUGCCUGCCUGCCAGGGUUGUAAAGAAUUUCAGAAGCGGACGGCAAGCCGUGAGAAACAAUUGCCGGUACUGCCGGUGGAAAAAGAUUGUGCAAGUGGGGAUGUACAACAAAAAUAACAUACGGGUGACAAACGCUCAUUUUUCGAAAAUUAUAACUUUAAAAUGCCCGAAACCUAUUUAAUUUGUUUCAAAUAUUCUGUUCGUAUGCGUCACUCAUAAACGUCCUUUGCUCGCUACACUAUUUGCAUACGUGAUUGAUUUAUUACGAUAUAAACAUAUGUCUUAUAUUAUAGAUCGGGGGUCUCCUGCAAAUGGCGGCUCACGGACUAAUUAUAUCCGGUCCGCAAACAAGAAAAAAAGUAACAACCGUUAUGUUAUAGGUACAUCCUAGUGUAGUAAUUUAUCAUUUUUGUUCAUUGGUUUUUACCGACGACGUCUGCAAUUUUGAUGGCCCGCCAAAAAUUUCCAAAUUCCUAAUUUGGCCUUUCAAAAAUAUUAAUUGA